AUGGGUGCUUGUGAUACCAGUAUUUUUGGUGUUAAUAACACUUGUGACUUCAUUGCCUUCUUAAGCAUGAAAGUCUUCUCUGCUGCUGCUAGAGCCACUGGUAAUGCUAAUGCAAUUGUAUAUACUGGAGUUGCUGGUUGUAUAGUUCCUGUGGUUGAUUAUUUUUCCAAUACUAGUUCAUCAGCUCCAAUCUGGAUAUGUGGAGUUUUUGUGGGUGUUAUUGGUACUUCAUAUCGUCAACAUACUAGUUGUAUUUCAGAAGCUGAAAAGUAUGAAAAAGCUUUGUAUAAAGGUCCAAAAAAGAAUAACCAGAAACCACAACCAGUAAAAGUUGAAAAGACACCAGCUAAAGUAGAAGAAGUGCCUGUCCCAACCACUGAACCAGUUAAAAAGAAGGCAAAGAAAGAAUCAAAGAAAGAAUCAAAGAAAGAUUUAAAGAAAGAAUCACCAGACUCAUCUCCAUUACUCAGAUAUUUAAAUUCAAAUAAGCAAGAAGGUUUUUAUAAAGUAAUAAAGAAAUUAUCAAAGGAUAACUCUAAAGAUAUAAAGGAUAUAUUAAAAACUUUGAAGGUAACUAAAACUGAAGAUGGUAAAAUAAUCAUUGAAUAA